AUGAAUCCUCAGGGUGGGCAUUAUUUAAACCCGGCGGCUGUGCUGUCUCCUUUGGGUGCCGUCCGCCUGACCCAGCUCGCCUUUGGCUGUGCUGCCGUUGCCUUGGUGACUCACAGUGGCGGUCCCAGCGGCGCCUGCAGCGUGUUCUGCCUGGUGGCAUGGAGCGCCUGCUUCGCCCUCUCCGCCGCCAUCUUCUCCUUGGACGUGACACGUCUGCAGUCAUGCCUCCCCAUUUCCUGGGAGAACCUGACCGUGACGGUGGCUGCGCUGGCCACUCUGCUCCUCCUCACCACCUCCGUCGUCUACCCUGUCUACUUCCUGCAGCCCGAGUGCCCCUACAACCACUGUGAGACGAGGAACUUCCGCAUCGCCGCCACCACCUGCUCAUGGGUGGCGUGCGCUGCGUACGGCACCGAGGUCUUCCACUCGCGGGCCAGGCCGGGGAGGGCGGCGGCCUACAUGGCCACACCCCCCGGCCUCUUCAAAGUGGCGGAGGUUUACGUGGGAUGCGCCAUCUUUGCGGCGCUCGUCAGCGGAAGCGAGUUCUGGCGCCACGCGGCGACGGUGUGUUGCGUGGCAGCGUUCGCCGCGUGCCUCGGCGGGACGGCGCUGGCCGUGGCCGCGAGCGUGCGUGGACGGCCCAUCCUUCCGUGCCCCACCCCCACCCGCCUCGCACCACUGGCUGCGUUUGCCGCCGUGCUGCUGUACCUGAGCGCCGCCGUGACGUGGUCCGUGUUCUGCUUUGACAGGAAGUACGGCUCGCCGCUCCGCCCACGGGAAUGCCCCCACGGCAGGUGUGCCUGGGACAGCCAGCUCGUUGUCACUGUGCUCAGCUUCAUCAACCUCGCCCUGUACGUCGCAGACCUCUGCUAUUCCCAGAGAACACACUUUGGAACGCAACACCCACACGUGUGACAGCUGCACGCCCUAAGACACCAAAUAUUCUUGUGUAAAACCAAGCCCAUUGGACGUUGCAUUGUGCGUCCCACAUUUCUAUCGUUUCUGUUCAGAACGCAGAUCUAUGCCCCUUUUGUCAUGACCCAGGCUGCAGUAUUUGCCACCCCAGGAACACUUUAUCUAAACAGUGAUUGCCCGUUCUAGUGUGCCUUUCAACGUCAGCUACGGAAUGGCCACCUUAAUCAUACCCAGGGUUCAAAAUCCAUCACCAUUCCCCAGACCUUAGUGCCUUCCCCCCAGGCAGGACCAGGGGGUUUGCUCCCCCAUUUGGCCAGCUGGCCAGUGACUGUCGCAGUCAGCAUAUUCCCCUCUCCUGGAGGACACCGCAGCUGAUCCAGCCAGCUCAGCAACAUGCUAUUAGGGUCUGCAGAUUUUUCACUCAACAUUUUUUUCCCUCUCUCUCUCUCUCUCCCUCUCUUUCUCUGAUAUUGCGCAUCCUUUUAUCUGCUGCUGCUUUAACACCCUUUUGUCACCCAGACAUGGCUAUUAGUUAUCCUUUCCUAUCUGUUCUUCAUUUUGUUCCUCUCAUAUUCACCUCUCUUUUCUCUCAUCCCUCGCUCCCCAUUUGCUGGCUGAACAUGCAGACCGCUGUAAAGGAGCACAGAGGGCAGGCACACACAGGCUAGACCUGAGGUUGCCAUGGAGAUAUAAAGGCUGUUUAUGUUUUAGUGCAUCAUGCUUUUUUUUUGUGGGCUACUUGAAAUUUCUAAGCAUGCAUUUUUCCCUUAGAGGAAUAUAGCCAUGAUGGGGUUUUUUUAUACACUAGGAAAUGCAAGUUGCUAGUAUUGGCGUUUUAAUAAAGAGCAACAGAGAUUCCAAGUGUCUCUCAUUUAGCUGUUACGAGGGGAUCUACUAAUGGAAGUUUU